AUAUAUGGUCAAUGACCGUCAAUGACUUAGUUUCACGUUUGUGAUUUUUCUUCCGUGUUGACAUGUUGACUGAACUGUGUUUAUGUGUUUAACGUUUCAAAAUGUCUUACAAAGAAGAGAGCGAUUUUGUUACUGGAGUAUACCGAUGUAAGGACUGUAUUAAGAAUUUUAAAAUAAGAGUUCGACUUCAGCAUGACAAGUCGUCAUUCAUUCCUCUGCCACAGUUUCAACAAGAUGAAGGUGAUGUGCAGCCCACACAGGAUCAUAAUCAGGAAGGACUGGAGGUUGAGGAAAGAACAUUCUCAUGGCAAGAAAAGGUGUUCAGUCCUUUUGAAAUAUCAUAUUACCAGUAUGCUGGGAACUGCCACACUGCUCUCGAAGAAAAAUACCACAAAGAUAUAGUACAACUUAGUCAAGAAAAUACUCCUAACAAUCGUCUUUUCACUUACACAGAUGUGGAUGAUUUCACUGACAUGGAAGAGACCAACCUGAGUGUUACAACAGAUGCAAAGCCUUUAGUGACAUCACUGGUUGAAGGAAUGGCUGAGAUUCGACGCAGGCAGAAGUUUGGCCGUAGGAAGUUUCACAGGAAGGAUGUGGAUUUCUCAAGGAGAAAUAUUGUAGACUACAAUAUUAGUGCAGAACUUAAGAAGAAAAACCAUCUUCUACAAACUUCAUUGCAAACCUUUUAUAUCUUAGCUGACUUGAGUACAAAGGACAGUGAUGAAAACUGGAUGGGAAAGUCAGAGUAUAUCCUGUGUACAAUUCGCUGGGACUCAGCAACAGGAGUGCUUAUGGUCACACCAGACUUUACAUCAGUAUCAUCGUCAGCUCAGCAUGUUAGAAAAUUAGAUCCGUAUCGUAUUGAGGUAGAUGGUGAUGCUCGCAAUACAUACAGCUACUGGAUUGAACAUGCCUCAGUUGACAUGGAUCAGGAAGAGAAAGACAGAGAGUUUGCUGUCAUCAGUAAGUUGUAUGAGCAUCAUUUGGAUAUUAGGCAGAUGCAAGUUGGUUCAGAAUUUGAAAUGCCUCAUCAUGGCAUACUUCAAGUUCAUAUCUUGGGUGAGAUUUCAUCUGCAAAACAUUUUGAAUAUGACCACCUGUUUGUCCAUUACUUCUUUGAAUUACCAAAAGGCUGGAGUUGUGAGACUACAAAACAAUUAUCAGGUGUCACACAAACAUGCAGUGCACGGCAAACAGGAAUAGCAAAUUUCAGCUACCUAUUUGAAUUGCAGCUCAGUUUCAAUUUAGAGGUCUUGCAGACUGAAACAGAUGUUUUGCUGUCAUGGCCACAAAUGUUUAUCAAAGUUCUAUCCAGUGACAGCUGGACCAGAUGUAGAACAGAAGGCUAUGGUUAUGUAUCUCUUCCACCUUCUCCUGGCCUACACACUAUUGUUGUGUCCACAUGGAGACCAUUAUCUUCAAAUCCUACUGGAGAAAUGCGAAGGUUUUUUAUUGGAGGUUCACCAGAACUGGAAGAUAUAGAUUUUGUGGGCAUACCAUCCAAUUUUCAGGAUUCUCUCUUGAGUAAGUAUGGGCUUCAUACAAUAACAAGUGGUGAUGUGACAGUGAAGUUCAACAUUAUGCACCACUCACAAGCUCUUGCUGGAUCUGACACUGUAGCUGAUGGUGGAAGAGGUGAUGCCAGAGUCAACAGAUACUCAUCAUUCCUUUUAGAAAGACUCAGUGCAGCUACUCUAGUCAGCAGUGUCAAUGCUGUUCUCAUUGCAUUCAAACGAGCACGAGAAAGGAUGUUGAAAGCCAGGGAUGGACUGGAAGCAUGAUAAUUGGAGUAAACUUGUAUUUUCUUUGUACAGCUUUGGUUAUGAGGCAUCCUACUGACAUACCAGCCAGUGGCUCCUGUCUUCAAAGAGCUCCCUGGUCUGCUGGACACCAUUGCAUCGCCAUGACAUGUCAGAACAUGCAAAGAGAUUUCAUUUGAACAGCCCACAUCAUUUUGUUCCAUCCUGUGGUUCCUGGAAUUUGUCUGAGAAGGAAUAUUCCUGCCACAGUUUGAAGAGUAUUAAGCCCAUCCAUUGAUAAAAUUGUGCAGAAUACUUCAGUAUACUGAUAGAAAGAAGAAAAAGGCACUACAAAUAUGAACCAUUCAACAGCAUUGUAAUAUACAAAUUCUUGACUUGUGAUCGGAAUCCAACUGCAUAUGAUGGAAAGGAAGACUAUAAGUUAUGGGAUAAGAGGCUUAUAGGACUCCGUAGAUGUGACGGCAAAGAGAGAAGUGCUGUUUCUUCAGGGCAGGAAGGAAAUGCCAGUGUUGCAGACCCAGCUAGUAUUUCUGCUGACAUCUAUCUGUAAUUCAUUAAGAAGUAAUGAAAUAAACCAGAUAUUAAAGACUA